UGCCUAUAAAAAUUGUGCAAAUUGUGGUUAGCUGCCACAUUGAGAGAGACUGCUUCUUCAGAUCUUCUGCAUUCUAAUCAUAAUCAUCCCAGUUAUCUACUUUAUUGAAAAUGGCCAUGGAAAUGAUGAAGCCAGUUGCAGCGUUUAUUCUGGUUUUGAACUUGUGCAUGUAUAUAAUCGUAUGUGCAACAGCAGGGUGGGCACUUAACAAGGCAAUCGAGCAUGAAAUCAUCACAGGGCUGGGAAUUCCGCUGCCAAACCCAUACUGGGCGGUGUACUUUCCAAUGGGAAAUGCAGCCACUGGAUUCUUCAUAAUCUUUGCGCUGAUAGCGGGAGUAGUGGGAGCUGCUUCCUGCCUUUCUGGGCUCCACCACUUGCGGACUUGGACAGGGGAUAGCUUGGUUUCAGCUGCUCUUACAGCCUGGGGCCUCACUCUCUUAGCCAUGGGAUUGGCUUGCAAGGAAAUCGACUUGCACGGUAGAAACUCGCGUCUGAAAACGGUGGAGUCGUUUGUAAUAAUUCUGUCUGUCACGCAAAUGGUGUAUGUAGUGGUACUCAUUCUCUCGCAUCGCUGAAUAGAAGAACGUACAAGGGUGAAGAUGGGUCUAUAAACUAUCAGAGGCUUUGUAGAUGUUACGAGGCAAGAGAAUGCACAAAUAUCAAGUUGAGGGGUCAUCAAAAUAGGGAUGUUGCAGAUUGUUAUCUCCUCUUGGACAUUAGUUAGCAGUAAAAACCUAGUUUGCAUGCAAUGCAAGCUGCAUAUAUAGGUAUUAAGUUAUUUGGAUAGUUGUGGAUUAGGGUUUCCAAGUGUUUUGCAUGCAUGUGAGAAGUGGAUGAUGUUGUUGGGCUAUGCAACAUAGAAUUCAAUGGCAAUAUUAAUAAAAAUGAGGGCAUUAAAAACUAUAGCUGCAAAACAUUCUUCUUGCAUGUUACACACAUGUUGGAAAUGUGCUAACGACGGCAAGGUGUAGCUUGUGGUGUUUUCAUCUUGGUGCAGGCUAUUCUUAUGUGGUAAUAGUAUGGGAGAGAAAAAUAUAUUAAAUAUUAUGGCAUUCUUAUAGUGGCAUUUCACAAGGUAAAUUUUGUCAACACCCAAAUAAGAGAGCUUUAGAGGAAAACCACCACAUUGCUACUAUAGAUGAUUGUUAUAGGAGUGAGAAGA